AUGGCCCACCUGAAAGGAACUGCUAAAGCAGUUUUCGAAAGCUUCUCAACUGAAGAGAAACAAAAUUGGCAGAUUGCAACCACGAAACUUAAGCAGCAUUUCACUACUGACCAUUUCUCAGAUAUAGCCCGGGUAAAACUGAUGAUAUGCGUAUGGAACCUACGCAUACGCAGAAAAAUAUUAGAAGCAUAUCCCAAUAGUCGUCUAACCGGGGAACGCAAAUUUCUCCAAACCAUGGUAUUCAUAAAUGCCCUUUCCUAUCCACUAAAACAAAGACUGAAGCUUUCAGGACACCUACCAACCAACUAUGAGAAACUGAUACAGGAUGCUGAGAGAAUCGGGAUCUUUACCCAAUCAGAUACUGAUUCCAUAAGAUUCUAA